AUGGUCAGGGUGUCUCAACUAUAUUCUCUGUGCCUCAGGCAUAGCGCUCGACAUCCUUCAGUCACCAGGCCAAAUCUAGGAUACGCACCAGCGCAGGUCGUGGGAUGGAUCUUCGUGAAGCCGCUUUUCGAUAGUCCACGACUGAUCUGCCGACGCUCUCCAAUCUCCUACUUUGCGAGAACUCGAUCGGGCAAGGAACAUCAAAAUCCCAGUGGUAAUGGCAAAGAAAUCAAGCAUGACGCGAGCCCUAAUCAAGAUCUGAUCGAUCGCAUCAAUUCCUUGAGCGACACCCUAGACGAUCAUGUCCCGUCCGACAAGCCCUCCGAACGAAGCGACGAUGUCAUUGAUCCUGUGGACAUAUACACUGCUACGGAGCUAGAAACUGGAAAUCAAGACACCCAACCCUUUUCGGCAUUACACGAUGCACUGGGCCACGACCACUACGAUGGCUUGAGCCGCUUUUUGCCUUCGAAGAUAACCCGCAACAGGAGCAAUCUAUCAUACAUGAAUGUCAUUGAAUUCGAGAAUGCGCCAUUUGAAUCGCGGAAGAACGAUGCGACCUCUGUGUUCAAAGGUACAGGACUGCGGCGAAUUCUGCUCGCCUUUAUGCACGAUGUCGAACCAGUUCUCAAUGCUCAGCCAUCCUCUAUUGACCCGGAAACUCGUGAUAUACUACUCGAGGAAGCGUUGCGCUGCGUAUUUGAUGACAAAUAUCUGGUAAAUCGCAGAACCCUUGCAGUAACACAUUAUGAUGUCUCAGAUGUCGCUUGUUGGUCUUGGGUGUUCAGCGCUCCAUCAGUUGAUCUCGCAGUCUUGAGAUAUGUUGCUUUGAUGGAAAACAAGACGCCUGACCAUCGGCCUACCUCGAUCCCAAAAUUUGUGCUGUUACAGCUCGUGAGGUCUGACUCCAUCGGCCUAUACGCCUUGAGAAGACUCGUCGAGUGUGUGUUGCGAGAAUUACAUAUCUGUCGUGACCAACGGCUAUAUGGUUCGUGGAGAUCCUGGAUUACAAGGGUCAUUUUUGUUGUUCGACUUCUGCGCCAUGCUCAUCAAACCGAUCCCAGUCUCUUGAAUGAGAUUGCCUCGAUUGUUCGCAUUUUGUUUUUGGAUUUCUACCGUAACCUUACUGAUGUGAGAAUCCCUAAAACCACGGAAAGUCAAUCAAUCCCCACAACGCCGAACAAGGACGAGCUGAUAAAGCUCGCACACAUCUUCAAUCGCUUCCUGGGGUUGAUGUCAUUGGCCUCGCGGACGCAUCCUUUCAAAUGGUCUCUCGAACAGCAAAAGGCACAGUUGAAAAUUGUUGGCAUCAUGGCCGAGUUCAAACCACAAAUGCCUGUUACUCGUGAAGGUUUUCGUGCACUUAUCAAGGUACAGCUCAUUCACAAGAAGACCGACGAUGAACGAGCAUGGGCGGAAGCGAAAUCUUUAUCCUGGCCACCAUGGAGACAAGAUACUAUGGGUAUUCAGAGGGAUCUUGAGUACAGUGGCAAAGAAAGUCGUGCAAUGAGACUCUUGCGACGAAUGAAAGAGGCAGGCUAUUCGCAUGGCAUAUGGGAACAGAAUGCGUCCGUUCUUGCGGGAUGGGAUGUCGAUUCCAGUCCUACUGUUCAAACAAGGGCCAUUCUACGACGGCCGAGGGUGAAAUUCUUCCCCGAAACAGAAGAUACGGAAUCUAUAGACCCGACAGUGUGGGCUGCGCGUGUACGUUCCACACGAACAAAGCUUGAAGCCUGGGCUGCCUUCAGUGCUUACAUAAAGUCAACGCCCUUAGCACAACGUCAGUAUACGCCAUACUAUGCUAUGCUUGAUCGACUACUGGCCCCAAUCAUCACACCAGGCUCUGUCCGCGGAUCAAGAUAUCUCCCUGGUGAUGUGAAAGCGACUUUCCCAGAGCCCAACGAUCCCAAUCAAAGGGUCUACGUCGAGACCAGGGUUCCAUCAAGGCAUGAGUUCUACAAGUUCAUGCUUAAAGACGGGUUCCAGCCUGCCGGAGCAAUACUAUGUGCACUUCUAAAAUCUGCUAUGAAUCUUGAAAUUGGGUUUCAAUAUAUCGCCGAGAGCAAGUAUCAUGAGGUGAUUCGAGACGUGUUGUUCCAUGCCGAGAAAUAUCCACAUGCUAUGUUGAAGCAGAAUCUCAAUCAGCUACGUGCUGACUUUCUUGCUGCGUUUUACGGCCUCCUAUGCAAGUAUGGCUUUGCAUCGUAUCCGCAAUUUCAGAUGCCGGGAUCCCUUACCGAAGAAGCACGAAGCCAUAGGUUGGUCAAAAUACUCAAAGAGAGCGAUCAGGGCUUACCAGGUCUGGCUACCGCAAGAUAUGACGUUCAGCCAGUGGACUAUGCUUCCCGGCUGCUCGUCAUAUCUGGCGAGAAAGACAUUACUGUUUGGAACGGCUUCCUCAAAGGUUUGCUCGACUGCGUGAACGACACUCUCGAUCGCGUCUUGGGUCAAUCACUGACACAAAGCGAGGCAGUCAACAUCAAGAUCGAGAUUUGGCGACGUGUUGAAGAAAUGUUCAAUAUCUCGAGGUUGGAGUCAGAGGGAAUCCAUCCAGACUACGAUACUUUCCAGCAUGUCGCCUGGCUAGUCCACAGUUUACUCAGGGAUGCACAUUUCCAAUCCUUCGGCAGUGCUCGUCUCGUCGACUUGGCCAAAUCACUAUUCGCGGUCGCCUCAUAUGGUGAGCAUUGUGCUGAGUGGGGUGGGAACACCAUGCGCCACCGUCCGCUAAGGGUACCUGACCCCCCCACUAUCCGAAUACUGGUCCGUCUCUUAAUCGCAUCCCACGACGUCAAGGGUAUUCUGAGCGUGAUCCAAUGGCUGGCACACCACGCCAACUUCUUCGAACCAAUGGUCAACAACGAUGUGGGAACAACAUACUUGACCCUUACCGAACCUCAACACGAGCAUCUCGAAAUACCACACCUCAGGGGCACUCUGUGCGCGAUCCGCCUGUUCCUCGAGGGCGGCAAAGCAUUGGGAGUCGACCACUCAAGCAGCUCGCCCGAAUCGCCCGAUUCUGCAGGGCUGGGCGGCGAAAUGUGGUUCGAUACACCCUUGACCGUUUCCAGAGAGCAAAUCGAACAGGCGGAAAUUUCAUGUCGACCCUUGCGAUGGCCGAGCGAUGAGGAGGUUCGCGACUUUUUGGCUCGGAACGUCGACUUCGUUCUCAAGGUGGCGCAAGCGGCAGAUUUCACUAUUGGGAAGGAAAGAAUGUAUGCUGACAAACAUGAAUAA